UUUUUUGGUAUUUGAAAAGAAAAAAUACAAAAUUAUGUCACCAGCAAUUCCUACGCCAAAAACUUGGAAAGAAACUAAUCGUUUAUAUAAAGAACAACGAAAAAGAUGGAAAGAAGAGAGGUUAGCUAAAAAAUUCGAUAAAGAAGAAACUAAAAAAAAAUUACAAAAAGAAGUAGUUAAACCCAUUGAGAAACAUUUUGAAAAAAAAGAUAUUUCAACAAUCAGUAUUGCAGUUCCUGGAUCAAUUUUAGAUAAUGCUCAAUCUCCAGAAUUACGAACAUAUUUAGCAGGACAAAUAGCACGUGCAGCAUGUGUUUAUAAAAUAAAUGAAAUUAUUGUUUUUGAUGAUAAAGGAGAAAUAAUUGAAAGUGAAAAGAAAAAAAUAAAAAACGACGAAAUAUUAGGUGAAAGACGAGUUGGAUGUUUACAGUUAGCUAGAAUAUUACAGUAUCUUGAAUGUCCACAAUAUUUAAGGAAAUAUUUUUUUCCUAUUCAUAAAGAUUUGCAAUAUGCUGGAAUAUUAAAUCCUGUAGAUGCUCCACAUCAUUUACGUCAACAAGAUAUAUCUUUAUAUAGAGAAGGAGUAGUUACAAAUAAACCAGUUAAAUCUGGUAAAGGUUCUCAUGUGAAUGUAGGAUUAUUAAAUGAUAUUUGUGUGGAUAAGGUAUUAACUGCUGGAUUAAGAGUUACUGUCAAAAUACCUGAAGAGCAAUCAAAUCUAAAAAAAUUAAAAGGAUUUAUUGUUCCACCUGAUAUUCCUAGAUCAGAUACUGGUAUAUAUUGGGGAUAUACUGUGAGAUUAGCUAAUAAUCUCACAGAGGUAUUAACACAAUGCCCUUAUAAAAGUGGAUAUGAUUUGACUAUCGGUACUUCAGAUAAAGGAAAAUCAAUUGAUGAUAUAGAAUCAAAAGGCAUUGAAUACCACCAUGCUUUAAUAGUAUUUGGAGGAUUAUCUGGAUUAGAAGCUACAGUAGAUUGUGAUCCUAAUUUGGAUGUGGAUGAUGCUUCUUUGGUAUUUCAUCAAUAUUUGAAUACUUGUCCUCAACAAGGAUCAAGAACUAUUAGAACAGAAGAAGCUAUUUUAAUUACAUUAGCAGAAUUAAGAACAAAAUUGUUUCCUAAAAUUCCUCCAUUACCAAAUACUCAAUUUAAAAGUUUUGUAAAUAAUUGAACUAGUAAAUUAAACUUGAAUUAGUAAAUAUAAAUAACUGUAAGUAAUAAUAUGAAAAUAUAAA